AUGGCCUCUCAACCUCCCUUUCAGACAAAUUUCUGCUCGAUUUUUGGAAGCUCCUUUCCGAAAUCCACUAGUGAUAAUAUCUAUACAAACACAUCAACUAUCCAAACCGCGGGCUUAAAGCUUCCUGUGAUCGAUCUAAGCAAUCUUACUAGUGGCGAAGAGUUCAAACGCAAAAGAUGUGUGAAACAAAUGGUUGUAGCUGCCAAAGAGUGGGGUUUUUUUCAAAUUGUGAACCAUGGGAUCCCCAAAGAAGUCUUUGAGAUGAUGUUGGUCGAAGAGAAGAAACUCUUUGACCGACCCUUUUCCUCCAAAGUCCGGGAAAGUUUCUCGGGCUUAUCAAAGAAUAGUUACCGGUGGGGAAACCCUAACGCCUCUUCUCCCGCUCAGUACUCUUUCUCAGAAGCGUUUCACAUCACUCUUUCAGAGAUUCCAAAGUUUUCUGAGGAUGGCAACAACCUCAGAACAAUCGUUGAAACGUAUGUGCAAGAGAUAGCUCGAGUGGCACAAUUAAUAUGUGAAGUACUGGGGAAACAAGUGAACGUGAACUCUAAGUAUUUUGAAAACGUUUACGAGCUUAAAAACAGUUUUCUAAGGCUCAAUAAGUACCAUCCUCGUGUUUUUGGUUCUGAAGUGUUUGGUUUGGUUCCUCAUACCGAUACAAGUUUCCUCACUAUACUCUUUCAAGAUCAAAUCGGAGGACUAGAAUUGAAAAAAAAUGAUCAAUGGAUCAGCGUAAAACCUUGCUCGGAGGCCCUUACUGUCAACAUUGGGGAUAUGUUUCAGGCACUGAGUAAUGGAGUGUACCAGAGCGUGAGACAUAGAGUGAUUUCUCCGGUAAACAUGGAGAGACUGUCGAUAGCUUUCUUCGUAUGUCCUAAUCUUGAAACCGAGAUAGAAUACUUCGGGCAUCCAAAGAAGUAUAGAAGGUUCAGUUUCAGAGUGUACAAGGAGCAGAGUGAACGUGAUGUUAAAGAAACUGGUGAUAAGGUAGGCUUGUCCAGAUUUCUCAAUUGA